GGGAGUUCUAGCCAUCUGUGGGUGACACCGUUGCCAGGUGGUGUCAGGAAGUGCCAAGUGGUGUCACGGUGCCAGUUUCAGCCAGCGUGAUGAAGAUCAACAAGGCACUGUUGCCCAUCAAGGGUCACUAUUUUAUAUUCUGGGGAAGCUACGCGUCCGCCCUGCCCUUCAUGAUGGUCGUGGCGAGACAGCUGGGCAUCCCGGUGGCGCUGCAGGGGACCAUCACGGCCGCCAUCAUCGCCUGCGCCGUCUUCGCCAAGCCCGUGAUCUCAGCGGCGGCCGACCACCUUCCCUCCCUCAGGAAAUCGAUAUUCCUGGGGCUCCUGACGAUCAUGGUGACCACGCUGGCGCCCAUCGGGUUCCUGAAGCCUCUGUACCCGGUGCCGGUGUUCCGCGGGGCGCUCGGAAAUGGGGCGGUGUCUGCUCGGGGGGAGGAGGCCGGGGAGGAGGCAUCGAUGGGGGUUUUGAGGACGCGUGAUACAGGCACCUGUUAUGUCUCAGCGGCUUGGGACUGUGACGUCACGUGCUUCCCAACCCAGCCAUGCCCUCAAGCCACUUCUCCCUCUGGCUUUGCGCUCUCCCCCCACCACCACCUGGCUGACGACCCCGGACAGAAGGGCGAGAACGGGACAGACACACUCCAGCAGGAAGGUCGUCGCUUUUACGUAACGUCCGGCCUCCAAUUCCCCGCUACUUUCGAAGCAGUCAAUGUCAGUAUACGCUGCAAAGGAGGGGAAUGGGAGGGUCGUGGGUGCCACGCCCCCUGGGAGUCGGCCGAUUUCUGGCUCUUCGUGACUCUCCUGUUGGCGGGGCAGGUCGCCGCCUCCACCGUGGAGUCUAUAUCGGAUGCAGUCUGUCUCGAUAUCAUAGGAGAAAACGGCGACUACGGAGGGCAGCGGGCAUGGGGCGCUCUAAGCUAUGGUAUCGUGGGUACUCUGAGUGGUAUCCUGGUAGACUGGUAUUCCGGACCUGGCGUGGUAAAGAACUACAUGCCUGCUUUUCUCCUGCUGGUUCUGCUGGGAACUCUUGACGUUUUGCUAUCCUCAGCGACCCUCAAGAUUCCCAAAUUCGAGGGCAACUCCGCUAUCUGCAGCAACCUGCGUCCUCUCCUCCGCCAGCCCGGGUUCUUCAUCUUCCUGUGUUUUACCUUCCUUAUCGGUUUCUUUGAUGGACUCGAUACAGGCUAUGUUUUCGUGUGA